UAUAAAUAAUGGCUCUGGGCUGGUGGCAGUUCAGUUGUAAGCCAAUUUCCAAUAGCACCAUGAAGGAAUUCUUUGUUCUAGCUGUCCUAGCUGGAGUUGCCGUUGCCGUGGACUACUGCGCCCUGCCCACGUGCCUGGAUAAACAUAUUGCCUGCCAUAACAAAGGAAACUUUAGCGAGAACUGUCCCCAAGAUGUACGAGAUGUAAAGAUCGAACCCCACCACAAACUUAUUCUUACUCUCUUUAAUGAGAUUCGCAACAAGGUUGCUGGAGGUAAAAUAGAAGGCUUACCCGUGGCCGUGCGCAUGGCCAAGAUGUCCUGGUGCGAGGAACUUGCCCAUCUGGCUCUCCUUAAUGUCAGGACUUGUGAAUCCUUGCCGGACAAGUGCCGCAGCACGGAGAGAUUCGCGUAUGCUGGACAGAACAACGCCAUCUUCAGCUACAGUGGCGCAGAAGCAGAGUACACAGACGCGGAAAUAAUUAAGGAGCAGAUCGAGAAUUGGUUCGCAGAAAGCUCCAAUGCUUCUCCCGACAUCAUGUCCAGCUUCCCGGAGGAGCUCCCCAACAAGAACAUGGCCAAGUUCACCAUUGCCGUCGCUGAGAAGAACACCCAUGUGGGAUGCGCCGCAGUGCGCUUCUCCAAGGAUUUCUACAACCAUUUUGUGCUCACCUGUAACUUCGCCACCUCGAACAUUGUGGACAAGCCUGUCUACACGCCCGGCGAGAAGGCCACCUCCGGAUGCAAGAACCGCUACGGUGCCGCCUUCGACUACCCUAACCUGUGCUACGCCAAGGAGAUCUAUGACAACGAGCAGGUCGUCGAGGGAACCAAGGUGGUCUAAGGAACGAGGGAUAUGCAUGUAAUGAUACAAAUGUACACAAAUUGUUGAAUAUGGAAUAAAUUCCUGAAAAAAGUAAA